UCAACUGCAAUCGAACACCCAAACAGCCGUCUGCAGAGAACCUUCGAAAAUUGGAACGCGAUGGGCUGCAAGUUUGCACGGGUAGCGGGGGGUGGUAAGUCUAGCACAACUGCGCAUAUACGUAUCUACGGUGUGCGUUCAUUGUCGCCUCUCACUCCACUGUCAUCACUCCCACCGCUUCCGCUACCGCUGCCGCACUCUGCCUCACCGAACACACCGGUGAUCGUCACCUCGUAUGACCCGCAACAUCCGAUCAACAAGCACUAUCCUGCCCCCCGUGAACGCGACAGGGAGAGCAACAUCGCUUGGACAGAGCAUGAGCGGUCACGGGCAAGUAAGGCGGUCGAGCCGACCAGUAUCCAAGAUCUUGAGAGCCAGCUGGAAUCGAUGUACGUUUCAGGCAAGAGAACCAGUGUGGACUCGUACGUUCGCGUUCCGGUGCAUCUCAUACAGGAUGCGCUCACCAUUCGCGGCGUGGACAAUUCUCUCAUCGCGUGUAUUUGGACUUCGAUACCUGAAGUCUUACGCCGCGAUCUAAUUGACGGUAUCGCUGCCUGCUUUGAAACGGACCCUUUCAAGACGAUGGUUGCGGAGUCGAUGGAUGGACGGGAAACAUUUCAGGUUCUCCACUUUUCGUGGUAUAAUCGCCACUGUACCCAGGGACAUUCAGCUCCUUCGCACAUACCGCCGUCCUUGAUGAGUCGCAAGGGUUGCUCAAGGACAAACCAUGAUCAAUUUCUUCCGUAUACGUCCAAGGAUAUGGAAGAACAUCGAGAUAUAUACGAGGCCAUCAAGAAGAUACUGGGACCUCUGCGCGAAACUCUGCCACUAGAAUUCGAACGCCUAGAAGCUACAGCUUCCUUCUUGCCGGACAACAACACGUCGGCAGUUCAUCCUUUCGUAGGUCUGGUGGUCAACCUGAACGUCGUCACUCGAGCGCACAGGGACGGCAAGGACGAUCAAGUAUGUCUCGUGCUGCCUAUUGGCGAUUUCGUUGGAGGUGAACUGUGCCUUGUCGAAGCUGGUCUGGUAAUUCCUCUGCGUCAUGCAGAUUUCGUCGUUUUCCCGUCUUGCGAAUUCACUCACUUUAAUUUGCUUUACACUGGA